GAGCUUCAGUGUCGAGGACCGAGGGAGAGAGUGAGGAUCGCGCAGCUCCCGUUCUUUUGGUCUCUCCUCUCUCUCUUCGUUCUUGGUUCACGCCACAGGUCUUCGUUCUGUGGCCGUUCCCGUUCUUUUGGUCUCCUCUUCGUUCUUCGUUCUGUGGCCGACCAUGAGGAUUUCCGUGACGACCGAGAAUGAGAUAUACCCGCUGGAGGUGGCUCAGGAUCUGGAGCUGGAGAAUUUCAAAGCCUUGUGUGAGAUGGAGGUAGGAAUUCCAGCUGGAGAGAUGAUGGUUGUUUUCAAUGCACAACCACUCACUGAUGAUAAGAAGACUCUCAAAGACUAUGGUGUAAAAGAUGGAGAGCUCAUUAUGGUGAUUCGUGGCACUACGCUUUUGAGGCGAGCGGCAGAGCAGAUGCAGCAGCAACGACAACCACAAGGAGGGCAGAGGCAGCAAAACCAAGGGCCUGUUCCUAUGGAGAUCAGCCAGUUCGACUUCAGCAGAAUUGAGCUCCCCAGGUCUCGGCAGACUAGCACCUCCUCCGCAACCUUUAAUGACUCCCAGGGUGGGGGUCAGGGCCAGGGUCAAGAACAGGGCCAAGGUCAAGUAGCAGGUCAGGAAGGUGUGGAGGAGAACCUGGGUGAUGAUGGGGACUUGGGCCUGGGCGCCGCAGGAAGUGGCCAGGACGACCCAGCUGUCAUCCGUGAUAUGCUGCUGGCCAACCCUGAGCAGCUGGCCCUCCUACGCCACAAUAACCCCAGGCUUGCAGAAGCUCUCACAAGUGGAGACUUAGACAAGUUUGCUUCUGUGCUCCGUGAACAACAAGAGAUGCGAAGAGAUCGUGAAAGACAGAGAAUUCGAUUGCUUACUGCAGAUCCUUUUGAUAUGGAAGCUCAGAGGCUCAUUGCAAAUGAAAUUCAGCAAGAGAACAUCAAUGCCAACAUGGAAGCGGCAAUGGAGUACAACCCAGAGAGCUUCGGCACCGUCCACAUGCUCUACAUCAACUGCAAGGUUAAUGGGCAUGAUGUGAAGGCUUUCAUUGAUUCAGGAAGUGGCCAGGACGACCCAGCUGUCAUCCGUGAUAUGCUGCUGGCCAACCCUGAGCAGCUGGCCCUCCUACGCCACAAUAACCCCAGGCUUGCAGAAGCUCUCACAAGUGGAGACUUAGACAAGUUUGCUUCUGUGCUCCGUGAACAACAAGAGAUGCGAAGAGAUCGUGAAAGACAGAGAAUUCGAUUGCUUACUGCAGAUCCUUUUGAUAUGGAAGCUCAGAGGCUCAUUGCAAAUGAAAUUCAGCAAGAGAACAUCAAUGCCAACAUGGAAGCGGCAAUGGAGUACAACCCAGAGAGCUUCGGCACCGUCCACAUGCUCUACAUCAACUGCAAGGUUAAUGGGCAUGAUGUGAAGGCUUUCAUUGAUUCAGGUGCACAAACCACUAUCAUGUCUCAGGCAUGUGCAGAGAGAUGCAACAUAAUGAGGUUGGUUGACACCAGAUGGGCUGGCAUAGCAAAAGGUGUUGGAACUCAGAAGAUUAUUGGCCGAGUCCACAUGGGCCAGAUACAGAUAGAAAAUGAUUUCCUUGCGUCCUCUUUUAGCAUACUGGAAGAACAGCCAAUGGACAUGCUUUUGGGGCUGGAUAUGUUAAAAAGACAUCAGAUGUGCAUUGACUUGAAAAACAACAAACUGCACAUUGGGACUACAGGCACAGCCACAACCUUCCUAAGUGAAAGUGAACUGCCAGACUGUGCCCGUCUGACCUCUCUCUCGGAAGAGGAGGCUCGUCGCCAAUCAGAAAAGGCUGCCAAAGAGUCAGAGGACCGUGCAUUGGCCGAAGCGUUGGCCGCUAGUUCCAAGGAAGGUAACUCGGGUGGAGCAAGUGGUUCUUCUGCAUCUGGGGCUACGCAACAUGCAGCAGAGCAGCAGCAGUCUUCCAGUCCCCCCAGUGAGGCAGCAGCCCCUGCCACAGCCCCCGCCACAGUUCCAGAAGCUACAGCUCAACAAGACAAUUUCUCUGAAUCAGAUAUUCAAGAAAUUAUGCAAAUUGGGUUCACUAGAGUUCAGGCCGUUGAAGAACUUAGACGACAAAAUGGAAACAAGACUCAAGCAAUAGCUGCGCUCUUUGCAAAGUCAUUCAAAAUGUAGUUCCUUAUUUUUUUAGGGAUAAGAUACAUGUUUAGCAAUACUAUUUCAAAAGUUAUGGUUCUUAUUUUGCAAUAUAAUUAUAGAUGGUCAAUAUUUCUGGUAAGGGUUUAGAGUUUCUUGGAUAUUGUGAAGUGAAUAUAGACAUGGCUCGUAUUGAGCCUUUUAUCAAAUGUGUAAUAUGUUUGAAGACUGAGGUUGACUUCAUGUUUAGGGAGGUUAAUGCUAGACAAGGAAACCAUUAAUGGUUUGUUUUUAUACCUUAAGAUUGGACAAGCUAAAAGGGCCUUUCUGAGUGAGCUUGGAUUGCAUUAUCUUGCCUUUCUGUUGUUUGAUUAUUGUGGAUACCAGUUGGCCGGGAUAGAAUUGUGUACCUAACUUAUUUCUUUAUAUUAUUUUAGUCAUUUGUAUACUUUGUUACCAUGGCUGGUUUUUACAGUGUAUCAAAAUACUGAAGGAAAAUUGCAUUUAUGUGCAUUCUGUAGUUAAGUCUUUGUUUCUGGUUUUAAAGGCCCGAUGGAUAUUCAGUAGAGAUAAGGGAGUGUCCUUUGUUUGGCUCUGAACUUGUUGAAAUAAUUGUUCUAAAUCCCUGAUACUAAGAACAACAUAUCAGAGAUUGCAUUUAAAGAGGGGUUUCUUUAGAGCAAGGAGAUUUGCGACUUUCGCUUUUAUCUCAAAAUUCGAUCAAAUACUUUUGUGUUUAAUGGAAAGAUACAAAUGUGAUUCAGCUUGGCUUUCAUCAGGAAAAGUUGUCAGAUGAAGUACAAGAGACAUAGAUAUUCCAGUGCUAUGUUUGUUACAGGUGACUCAGUUGCAAGGUGCAAGACUUUUAGGAAAUUAUACAUGCUCUAAUUUUGUAGUUGAACACAUCUCAUAACAGUUCAGUUUUAUAAUGUAGAGCUUAGGAGUUAAAUAGUCCCACUGUUAAAUAAAACAUUUUACAUUAUCAUUUAUAUGGUGUAGAUUAUGACAGUACUUUAUAUUUUACAGUAGGUGUUAUGCAAAUCAGACAAGUAUUUUAUACUAUACAUGAAAAAGAAAAUAAAAGUUUUUAUCAAUUAGUGAUGAGUCAUUGAUGUCUUCAUUUUAGCUUGAAAUUAGUUCACAUGUGACGUGCACACACACAAACACACACAUUCACUCACUCACUCACUCACCCUCCCUCCUUAUACAAGGCACUGAAACAUUAACUAGUAGCUUUUGAAAACAGUCAUUACCAAAUGUCAGUAAAAUACUUAUUAAAAAGAAAUUAAAAUGUACUUCAUCAGAAGAUUAUCAGUUUGUAUGGCAAUUGGUGUUGUGUAUCAGAGAAAGACCCAAGUGCAUCAGUUAUCAAGUCAAGUCAAGAAAAUAUCAGGUAACUUCAGGAAGUGGAUUUUAAGUACUGGAGGCAUCUUACUUUGUAUCUACCCAGAAGCCUUACCUUUCUUUUCUGGUUAAGAAGUUGAUUGGUCUGAAUACAGCAGGUGUGUACUCAUCAUGGGGUCGAGAGGGCCAGCUCCACCCCUUCCUUAUAAGAAAUGAAAUACCCUAACAGUUCAUUUAAAAAAAAAAAAAUCCCAGUUAGUUCUGGCUGUCUGACCACACCACCUCAUUGCCACAUGGAGUAAGGAUGUGUGCACUUGACCUCAAGUUGCUUCCCUUUCUAAGUUUCGGUAGUGAUUUAGAAAUUGUGUUGAGUAAUGUUGAAUGUGGAUUGUAGGUGAAAUCAAGGACUGUCUUGUAUGAAUGAGACGUGUUUGAUAUAUGUUGUAGAGUGCAACAGUCAGCAAACUACUUGUUUAAGUCUGAUAUUCUCAUUUCUCAUAUCACUGUGCAAUAAUAGAGUGUUUGUCUGGCAACUGGUGGGCUGGCAAUAUUGGGAUUUAAAAUGACAUCUACUGCCCUAUGCAUACAGUCCAUUUAUGGACCAUAUAUAGAAGACAAUUAUAUAAUAAAAUGGGAUAUUUUUAGUUUAUACAACCUCUAGGAAUCAUUGGAAAGUGAAAUGGUUCUUGACUUCUACCAGAAAGAGACACAUUAUUAUUUUUUAAACCCUCCUUUCUAGAGUCCUAAUGCUUGGAAGCAUUCAAACUGAUAUUCCUCAUUUUUAAAAUACAGAAAUACAGGUCUGAUUAUAAGCGAGAAACACAUUUAUUGUAAAUGAGAGACAGAAAGACAAAGAUUGUAUAUCAGCCAAUCAACUGAUUUAUCAUUGAGAGGUAUGGCUUC